UCAAACUGAGGCGGUGACGAUUUCUGCAAGUCCUUCCCGCUAGCGCAAUUUCCCUCUCCAUCUUCAUCUUCUGCGCAAAUACCGAAUCGUCGUCAAGCUUGGCUGCUCUCGGUUGGCUUCUACACGUUUACUUUGCAGCAAAGCUGAGCUUCUAUGGGAACUACUAAAAAACGAAAGGGGAAGACAGUAGAGGCUACUAAAACAGAAAAUGCUAUUGGAGGAUACACAGGUGUGAAGAAGUCAACAAGCAGAACUGGUGGAUGCCGUCAGAGGACAGCAGGUGUUUUGCCUUCUAGUGCUGUCCAAGCGGUGGGUCAACAACUGCAGAAGAGAGAUGUAAAGUCACGCAAACUAGCAGAAAUGCCUAAGCUAGGACCUGAAAUUGGAUUUCUUCCUCCUGAAAAGAUCAAGUUGCAGCUCUUCCCAAUAGAUGAAAGCACUCAAAUUGGACUGGAGAAAGAUGGCUAUAAUCCAUUUUUGGAGCUCACCCUACCAGCUCGGAAGAAGAUAUCCUCUGUGCUUAAGCAUCUGAAUAGCAAAUGGGGCAGUUCAAGUGUUGCUGUAGGGCAGCCCGUGCUUUUUCCAUACAAUGUGCUACUAGAAAAUCUAACUACAUCCAAGAGAUGGACAUUGAGCAGUGGGAUUAGUGCAGAUGAUGUAUAUGCAGCAAUAGAACGCCCAUCUGUUUUUCGCUUAAGGUAUGGUUGGUCCUCAAAUACUGAGCCUAGAACCAGUGCAGCACCUUCUGGAGGUUCUCUGUUGGCUGCUUGUUUUCAAUCAGAAGGCCUUCAGAGAGGUUGCAGCAUAAUUUCAGAGUCUAUAGAUGACAGAUACAAAAACCUUGGUGCAGCAAGUGAAAUUUCCAAGCCAAAAAAGAUGAUAAGCAAAGCUGCAGAUUCAGUUCUUAGUACAAAUAUGUCUGAAGAGCUGGCAGUUGAUCGUGUGGAUGAUGAAGUGAAGAUUGGUAAUGACCUCCCACAGUCAAUAGUGCCCUGGGAUAAUAAUUUCACUAACUUCAGCAUUGGAGGUCUGCUGUCUGAUGCUUCCUUGCUGGGAAAGAUCAGCAACUGUGAUUCAAGAUUGAAAGGGGGCAAAUCAAACUUGCAGCCAAUUCAAAUAGUAUCUUCUGACGUAAGCAUUGGAGACCUGCUGUCGGAAGCAUCUUUGCAAGGAAAAAUUGGUAACAAUGAACCAAAAUCAGAUGGAAGCAAGUUAAUUUUGCAGUCAACUAUGGAUAAGGGUCUUUUCAAAUCAUCUGUUGCAUGGGACAAUAGUUUGACUACCUUAAGCAUUGGAAACCUGCUGUCUGAAGCAUCUUUGCAGGGCAAGAUUGACAGCUUUGAUCAGAAGUCAAAUGGAAGCAAAUUAGGGUCACAGCCUACUCCAUUGAUCUCUGAGUCCCUGGAUGCUUUUAUUGCUCGCAAUCUAAAUUCACAGCCUCAAGCAUCAAAGGCAUCAUUGCAUGUAUCACCCUCAUCUAUCUUGGAUGCAGAAGAGACCUGUCAUGCAUUUCCUCGCCAAAGAUUUUCUUCCCCAAGCAAAGCUGGUGUGCCUUUGUCUAGUGUUACUCUGAUGGACUACACCCAGUUUGGUAGCUCAAAGUCGUCCAAAAUUUCCAACUUUUCUGAGCUCAACAGCCAAGGUGAGAGUGCACAAGAAUCUCCACGUCAGGAAUCAAUGACAGGCCUGCUGACUCAUUUAGGCGUGAAUAAUGACGGAAGCAGACAUGGGCUGGCAGGCAUCAAAUGGACUGAAUCCUUGGGACCAUUUGAUACUGGUGCCUUAUCCCCUUCGCGGGUGAAUACAAGUGGGGACAGUACUAGCAUCAGUGAAUUUGUUAGAUAGCCGCAUGCUGCUCGUGAGAUUCCUUCUUCUCUGGGGGAUGAAUUAGAAACGACAGGAAACUAACAGAGAAACAAGAUGUCAAUCUCUCACUCAUGCAGCUCAAGUGCAAUUGCUAAUGCGUGUGUUGUGCCUGGCAGGCAUUGCGAUCGAUCUGUGAACUGCCUGUGCUAGUAGAAGACUGACGCAUAUUUGGCCGUCUCAUGUGCCUUUUGGCUUUGGGGAAGUUGGUUGAUGCCCGAGCAUUUAUAUAUAGGUAGAUGAAUAAAUCUGAAUAGGAAUUGAACUCUCUAAUUGUCAUUUUUUGACUUGUAAUCAUACCAUUUAUAUAUAUAUAUAUAUAAUUUCAAAGCUUUGCCUAGUUGGUACAGGACAACAAGCACUU